CAAAGCGCGCGAGAGCCCGUUUACACACAAGACAGAGAGGUUUAUCCCCCAUUCGCCUCCCCUGGCCAAAGAGAGAGAAAUUAUAAAAGACACUAUAGAGAGAGAAACACAAACCUAAACUCUCCAAAAUCCAAAACCAUCGUCCUGCUCCAAAUUCCCACACUCCCCAAACCGGAUUUUGCAUCUCAAUCCAAUUCCAUUCCGACACACAAACAAACAAACGCGUUGCUUCAUAACAGCACUACUCUCACUUUUCGUUUUCACAAAACACCCAUGCGUGGGGUUAACGAAGGCGAUACCUGAAGCGUUGGGCUUUCCUUGCACGGCGACGUUUUGUAUGAGAUAUAGGAUUUCCUAUUUGAUGGACGAGAUCUGGGAGAGGGCUGUGGAAACGGCGUUAGACGGCGAGAAGGACCACGCCUCCGCGCGGACGCUAACCCUAGACGGCGCCGUCAAGUGCGUGCAGGGACGUUUGCCUCCCCCGAGCCUCCUCGAGCGCUUCCAGAACCUCCAGCAUCUUUCGAUCGCAAACGUCGGCGUUUCGUCGCUGGAGCAGUUUCCGCGGCUGCGGAAUCUGCAGAAGCUGAACCUCUCCGACAACCGCAUCGCCGGCGGGUUGGAGUUUCUGGUCCAGGCCGGUCUGGAUUCGCUGCGCGACCUCGAUUUGUCCAACAAUCGGAUUCAGUACAUUGAGGAUCUCGCGCCGCUCGCGCAGGUGAAGCUGGUUUCGCUGGAUCUGUACGAGUGCCCCGUGACGCGCGUGAAGGAUUAUCGAUCUAGGGUUUUCGGGUUGAUUAAGUCGCUCAAGUACUUGGACAAGAUGGACGCGGAGGAGAACGAGAGGCCGGAGAGUGACGACGAGGAGGAGGAGGACGAGGAGGAGGAGGAAGAUGAUGACCCUGGGAGCGGCGAGAUUGAUGGGGAGGAGGAUCGACCGUUUGGGAUGAACAAUGGACAUGCCGAGGGUGCUGAUGGUGUUGUUAAUGCUGAUGAUGACGAGGAGAGUGAUGCGGAUGAGGAGGAGACGGAGACCGCCAGGCGGAUGGUGAACGGCGUUGGUCACCGGGAGAAUGGGUUUCGCGUUGCCCCGGCGCCGGUGGAAGGGGAUGAUGUGGAGGAGGAUGAGGAGGAUGAUGAUUCUGGGGAGGAGAUUGAUGAGGAGGAGGGGGAUGAUGAUGAUGUCGUGGAGGUGCAUGAGAUUGAGGAUAGCGAUGAUGAUGAUGAUGAUGAUGGCGUGGAGUUUGAUGAGGAUGAUGAUGACGACGACGAUGAGGAGGAGGAAGAGGUGGAUAAUGACGAGGGGGACUUUGCGGAGCCGGAGAGUACUGGGAGGUUGACGAGUACUGAAGGGGAGAUUGAUGGGCAUGAACAGGGGGAGGAGGAUGGGGAUGAGGAUGAUAAUGGGGAGACUGGGGAAGAUGAGAUGGGAGUGGAGGAGGACGUAGAGUUUGAAGACGAUGAUGAAGAAGAAGACUAUGGUGCUGGGUAUCUUGUUCAGCCAGUUGGACAGUCUGAUGCUCUCAAUGCUGGAGGUGCUGAUGUGGAUGUUGGAAAUGAUGAUGGUGAAGAGGAGGAUGAAGUUGAUGAUGACGAUGAUGAUGAAGUUCAGGUGCUGCCUCCUGACUCGUCACACCUCAAGAGAAAGAGGGAUGAUGAAGCUGAUGAUGAUGAAGAUGACGAGGAUGAAGAUGACGAAGAUGUGGUAGCGUUCACGAAGUCAUCCAAGAAGCAUCAUUGACGCACCAUUAUAAUAUAUAUCAUGUUCUUGUUCUGUUGAUGGCUUCCAUGUGUUGGAAGCAGGGAAACCUCAGUUUAGAUAGAACAAUGGUUAGUUAUAGGAUUUUAGCUCUCAUGAACAGAGGACAUAUUAGGGAAAAGAAUUGUAUGUUGGGUGGAAAUAUGUUUAGUUCAAAAAGUCGGUAGUGUUUUUUCCCUCUUGCCUUUCACAUAUAGCCGUUACUCUAUUAAAUAUUCAAAUGGCAGUUAUCAGAGGUUUACCGCUCAUGUGCUCGGUGCUGGUGUUGGCUUGUAAAGGAACUGGCUUGUGCCUGGAGCCUGGAGGGAAAGGGUGGGAACCUUUUAAAUUUUUUUUCUUUCAAAUCUCUAGUUUAUUGGAGUACUUUUUUGGUGGGAGAAAAAGGAAAAGCUUGUAAAAACACCUGUAGAUAGCUCUUAUGAAAAUGAUUCCGAUCAAUCAAAUAUGGUGCCUAUUGUAAUGACGUGGCUAGUUCAUAAAUUAUUGCUCUUGUUACGUGGAA